AUUCGUUUCAUUAUUCACUAAAACAUCUAAAUUUUUAUAGCACUCUGUGCUCCGAACCACACGCAAUGUUAUAGUUUUGCUCCGAUUGAUAAAUAGUACUUUUUUAAUGUAUUUUUUGCUGUUUAUUACGUUAUUGCCUGGGCAGUGACAUUUUUCGAACUAUGGUUUAGUCCUAUAGUGAAUUUUGUCCGCGAAGUUUUUUGUGUUUGACGGGCGUCAACAUCCGGAAGAGUUGCUUGUUUUGUAAUUAUUUCGCACGCCCACUAUCCAUCUGGUAUAGUUUGUUGUGAUGUUGUAAUUUAUAGUGUAAGUGAUAAUUCAAUUUGGCUACAACGAAAAUGUCAUUGCAAAAAAGUGUUAAAAGUGCAGGCGGUGAGAGAGGCGAUCAGGAUAAUACAUCUAUAUGUUCGUCUGUUACUACGCAGCCCGACAGGCAUGGAUUUUUUGGUGGAGCUCAAUAUAGUCCAGAACCAAAACGGACUGUAUCACCGAGCACAAUACUUAAGCGAGAACAGAAAUGGCUGCGAAUGUUGAAUAACUGGGAAGCGUUCAUGAGCAAAAAUUAUAAAAAAGUACGUGAGAGAUGCCGAAAAGGUAUUCCAGCCUCAGUGAGACCGAAAGCGUGGCUCUACCUUUGCGGAGGACAGUUGCUGCUGGAGAAACAUCCAGACGAAUACGAGGAGCUUUUAAAAGCUCCAGGCGACCCGAAAUGUAUGGAAGACAUCAGGAAAGAUCUUCACAGACAGUUCCCGUACCAUGAAAUGUUUAUAAGAGAGGAAGGACUUGGGCAACAAGAACUAUUCUGCGUUCUGAAAGCGUACUCAGUGCUGAACCCGAAAGUGGGUUACUUCCAAGCGCAAGCGCCGGUCGCUGCGUUCCUCUUGAUGCACAUGCCCGCGGUGCAGGCCUUCUGGUGCCUCGUCAGCAUCAGCGACAAGUACCUGAGUGGUUACUACAACCCUGGGUUGGAGGUGCUGCAGCGCGACGGCGACAUCCUGCACGCGCUGCUGCGCCGCACCGCGCCCGCCGUGCACCGCCACCUGGCGCGCCACCGCGUGGAGCCCGUGCUGUACGCCACCGAGUGGUUCCUGUGCGCGCUCACGCGCACGCUGCCCUGGGACAGCCUGCUGCGCGUCUGGGACUGCUUCCUGUGCGAGGGCGUCAAGGUUCUAUUCAAGGCGGCGCUGGUAAUUCUAGCAGGGGCUCUGGGGUCAGCUAAAGUCCGAAAACGGGCUGCCGGACUCUGUGAAACCCUGGAGGUGCUCCGUCACCCGCCCGAGAGCAUCCUGGGCGAGGAUUACCUGAUGUACCACAUGCAGCGCCUCAACCUCACUGAAGAGGAUUUCGAAUUCGAACACCAGCGUCAGACCGCGAAGCGACGCGCCAUGGCCAAUAGAAGUGGUAGCUGAUUCAGCGAGUGUUCCUAUAAGCGUUAUUCAAAGAAUAACGCUAGGGACAUAUUCCACACUCUUUAAAUAAGAGUACAAGAAACUUCUAUGUUGAUAGAAUUUAAACAUUUGUGAUAUGUUACGUGGACGUUAUGCAUUGCGGGUUAUACGAACUGCGAAAACGACUCAUUCAAGUUAAAGUGAAGUGUAAGUGUCGGUAACACUGCCAUUGAAA